GCAACGCCUAGCAUCUUCACAGGUUUUGAGAAGAUGGACAUGAAGCAUUACCUAACUCGCAUGACAAAUCCUCUCCUUCGGUGACACAAGAUGAGCAACUUUUUCGGCCCAUGCGUGCCAGAUCAUUUUUGCGUGACCUGAAAUGCGCGGCACAAGUUUACACGAAUGAUCCAGACCCAGAUAUUAAGUGCAUUUGCAAAAAGGUCAAAGAAGGUCAGUGCAAUCGUCAAAUGGCUGUCGCGACGGCUCCUGGAGGUCGUCGGGCUAUUACUUAGUGAACUGAACAAGAAGAAAACAAGGUCGCGUGAACAAGAAGAAAAAUGAAUUUAAUCUUCUAUCAAGAUCACGGCUCUUCUUCCUCGGUCAAAAACCUCCCCUCUACUCACACGACAGCUGGAAAGUAUAAACUACAGCACAGCUAUAGUUGUAAAAGCAACAGAUCCAGAAUAAAGUCAAAGCAACAGAAGAUCGACUUGGAGCGCAAAAUCAAAAUCUAAAUUAAACCGAAGGCAAUAUUGAGAAAUUGACGCAGGAUUCACUUCAUUUUCAAAACUACAAGUAGUUCUAGUUCACCUGAAACCCACUUCUAUUGCAGAAAUUGAGGUUCAUCGAGCUGCGCCCUUUUAUAAUUUUCUACCUCGCGACAAAAAGUGACUGAGGACGACGCGUGUGAUCUUCGAACAGCUAAGUAAAUUUUGUUGCGCCGUUUUAUUUAUCUCCCUCGGACAGUUGUAUUACACUACAAGGUAGCACAAGUAGAAAAUAAAUGAUGGUGGGACAACUACUUGCGACGCGAGGAGAUGAAAAGUCUGCUGCGCCCCCUCUCGGUUGUACUGGCAGCUCUGCUUGUUGUACUGUGCGUGGCGGUUUCCAUGUUCAUCCGGUGUUGAAGAAGAUCACUCUUGGCCCGCUUCUUCUCGGGUGCGCGCUCUUCUACUUCGUCAACGGGGCCGCGGCGGCGCAGUCGACAUCGACGCAAUCGUCCUCCGGUUUCCAUGUUCAUCCGGUGUUCAAGAAGAUCACUCUUGUAUCCUGA